AUGGCGGGCACCGUUAUCAUCACCGGCGCCAACGGCUCCCUCGGGCUGGGCUUCGUCCAAGCCCUGCUCACUUCCCACCCCGAAUACACCCUAAUCGCCACAGUCCGCAACCCAUCCCCGGAGCAAGACCCUCACACAGCCCAGCUCCGUAAACUGCUUUCUUCGCACCCCAAGUCCCGAACCCAUCUCGAGACCCUCGACCUCGGCCGCCUCGCAGACGUCCGGGCCUUCACAGCCCGCAUCGCCCACCAAGUCGCCGCCAACAAGCUGCCUUCCAUCUCCGCCAUCGUCUGCAACGCCUUCGCCUGGUCGCUGCACGGCCAGCAGACCACGCCAGACUCCUACGAGGUCACCUUCCAGGUGUCGCACCUCGCCCACAUGCUGCUGGUGCUCCGCCUGCUCGGCAGCAUGGACACGGCCGGCGGCGGGCGCGUCGUGCUGCUCGGGUCCGAGGCGCAUGAUCCACGGUCUAAGGCGCGAGCUGGGUUGCCGGAGGGGGAUUAUAUGGAGGGUCUGGUGCACCCGCCGCCGGAUGGGGUGGGGGAGGUGUAUGAGAGGGGGUUUCGGCGGUAUGGGACGGCGAAGUUGGCGAAUGUGACGUUUAUGCAUGAUUUGAAUGCGCGGUUGGUGAGGGAUACGAGACUGUCGUCGAUCACGGUAACCGCCAUGGAUCCCGGCGGACUGGUUGGGUCGAGGGCGCAUGCCGAGCAGAACGCUAUCAUGAGGCGGGCUUUUGGGGUCAUUAAUGUCCUGAUGCCCGUGGUGAGGCACUUGACGACUGUGGUGAGGACGACGGCAGACGCGGGCCGGGAUUUGGUGGCGUUGAGUGUUGGUUCAGAAUUUAAGGGAAAAAGAGGGUAUUUUAUCGCGCAGAAGGAGGCAGCCUCGGCCGAGGUUAGUCGUAACCCGGCGAUGCAAAAGAAGUUGUGGGAUGCGUGCUGGAAGUGGGCGGGCUUGUCGGCCGAGGAGACGGUGUUGGCAGUGGAUACUGCCGGCCGUUAG